AUGUUGGUCGUGUGUCUGCCGGCGCCCAGCGAGCCGGUAGAGCUGUCGCGUAAGCCAGUCUCGCAAGGAAGACGUGUCUUUACGCGCAGUAGUACGUUGGGCUCAGUCAAGACAGAGACGCAAAGUGAGCCCGUGGGCCAAGCGGUACCCACCACCUUGACGUAUCAGGCACCUCGGGACAUACAGAUGCCAAACUAUGCGCAAGUAUCGACGCAGGUGGAGCAUGAUUUAGGACGUGUAUACCAAUCGUUCCGACAAGCACGGCGCAUUGCUGUUGUAUGCGGCGCAGGUAUCUCUGUAUCGUCCCCUGCUAAUAUACCCGAUUUUCGAUCCGCCUCAGGUCUUUUUGCCUCGCUUAAGCGGCGUUAUCCUACUAGUGGUCUCACAAGUGGAAAGGAUCUGUUUGAUGCCCGCUUAUUUCAAUCGGAAUCCUCGACUGCCUUGUUCUUUGCGAUGAUCGCCGAGCUCAAGGAUAUGUCGGAUGCCGCCCAGCCCACACUCUUCCACCAUAUGUUACGCCGCCUGGAUAUGGAAGGGCGCCUUCAACGCGUGUAUACCCAGAAUAUUGAUGGACUAGAAGAAAAGGUGGGGCUCUCUUUUGGCGUUGGAUCUCCUGAAGCUUGCUUGCCUACAUCGAAGCGGAAGCGAGGUGCACAGUUUGCACGGUCCCAGUCCGAUUCAUCCGUCAGGCUUUCGACCCAUCCCUCGUGCGAAAAGCCACUGUUUCCUCGUGCGAUACCACUGCAUGGAAGUCUGUCGAGCAUGACAUGCAUGCUUUGCUCGCACAAACUACGCCUCACCCGGGAGCAGGAGGCCGGGCGGCAGGCGUUAGAGACACUGCGACGGGGCGAACCCGUAUGGUGCGAACAAUGUGAAGUGACAGAUCAGCUCCGCACAUCUGCUGGGCUUCGUUCGCGCGGAAUUGGGCGUAUGAAAGUGGAUGUCGUGUUGUAUAAUGGCGAAAACGAUGCUGCAGAGCAUGUGGGAGCAUGUGUGGAACGCGAUUUGCUGGGAAUCAGAGAUCCUCAUGAGCCUGAUGUUCCAGAGACUAUGGCAGAGACGCGUGCGCGGGAACGAAAGGAGCGGCAAAGGGAGGAGAUUGGCGACUUGAGCGUGACAUCUGGCAGUAUCAAGGCCGAAGAUGCUCUCGGCGAUGCAUUCCAAAGCGAAGAUCAGGUGUCGGACCCACCUCCCCGUCGGCCCCGACGACUCAAGCCCUUGCCACCGGAUAUGCUGAUUGUGGCAGGGACAAGUCUCAAGGUGCCAGGAACUAAGCGCAUUGUGCGCGAAUUUUCCAAGGCAUGUCGGAUGCAGAAUGCGGACCGCAAGAAAGGGGCGCACGAACCACCUGUCCGUGUGGUGUAUAUGAACUACGACUUUCCCAGCAGCGCAAGCGAGUGGUCUGGCGUGUUUGAUAUGUGGAUUCAGGGCGAUGUACAACAGGCGGCCUUGGGUCUGUGCGAGCCCAUGGUCAUGAAGGAGGGCAUGGACCCGGCCGUGGAAGCCCUGGUGGCCCGGCACUCGUGGCAUGCCUACCCGACCAAGACACCGCCGCCGCGUAUACUCACUAUGAAAAGCACGGAAACGAAGAAACGGCCGUCGAAUCGUCUCGGCAUGGUGUCAGGCAAGCUGCGCACGUCCUCGAACCAGGCCACAGGCAAAGCGGGACUGGUCCGACCCCCCACCCCACCGGCGCCUAUAGCCCCGUAG